AUGGACAAAGGCAAGAUUUGUCUUUGGGCCUGCCCAGGCUUGUGGCCCCCAUCAACUGCCUGGUCUUGCCUUUGUGUGCUAGAGCCAAAAGCUGGGCCUAGCCCCCUGCUGCCCGGGCAAACCAGCAGCGCUGGAGAUGCUCAAGAUGGCAAGUUAUGCAUGGCAAUUGCAUUAAUAUGUGGUAUGAUACUUUGGCUACCUAAAAAUGACCCUAGGUACCUUAGGUGGCCUAACGGACCAAGCAAGGCACACUUGUCCUGUGCCAUGCUCCAAUUGUUGUUGCUGAUCUGA